AUGUACCUGAAGAAGGUAUUCGGGGCCAUUCAGGAAUUGCUCAGUCAACGUCUUAUUUCAGCAGGCCAUGACAUAAGCGAUGGUGGCUUUAUUGUGAGUGUUCUUGAGAUGGCAUUUACUGGUAAUUGUGGUUUUAAGCUCGACAUAGACUUGGAAGAUAGGAGCCUUCUUGAAGGACUUUUUGCAGAGCUUGGCCUUGUUAUUGAAGUGCACUCGAAAUAUCUCAAUAUCGUGAAGCAAAAGCUUGAAGCAACAGGCAUUUCUGCUAAUGUAAUUGGAGAAGUUACUUGCUCACCAGAAAUAGAAGUUUUUGUUGAUGGCAAUCAACAUCUCAAGGAAAAAACUUCAGAUCUCAGGGAUCUCUGGGAGGAAACGAGCUUCCAGCUUGAGGAGUUACAACGUCUGAAAUCUUGUGUCAAACUUGACAAAGAAGGAUUAAAAUGCAGAACAUCGCCAUCAUGGUCUCUGUUAUUCACUCCCAAGUUCACAGAUGAGAAACUGUUGAUUGCUUCCUCGAAACCAAAGGUCGCUAUCAUUCGUGAAGAAGGGAGCAAUGGGGACAGGGAAAUGGCUGCUUCAUUCCACGCUGCUGGAUUUGAACCAUGGGAUAUCACAAUGUCAGACCUCUUGGCUGGGAAGUCUUCUCUAACAGAGUUCCGUGGGAUUGCGUUUGUUGGCGGUUUCAGCUAUGCAGAUGUGCUGGAUUCAGCGAAAGGUUGGGCUGCAUCAAUCAGGUUUAACAAACCCCUCAUUCAGCAAUUUCAGGAUUUCUACCAUAGGCCAGACACGUUCAGCCUUGGAGUAUGUAAUGGUUGUCAGCUUAUGGCUAUUCUUGGCUGGGUGCCAGGAUCUGAUGUUGGAGGUUCUCUUGGUAAAGGUGGAGAUAUGUCCCAGCCCAGGUUUAUUCACAAUGAAUCCGGUCGUUUCGAGUGCCGGUUUACCAGUGUGUCCACUGGGGAUUCUCCUGCUAUCAUGUUCAAGGGGAUGGAAGGUUCUACCUUGGGUGUUUGGAGUGCUCACGGCGAGGGAAGAGCUUUCUUCCCAGAUGAAAAUGUUCUAGCUACUGUUGUAAAGUCUAAUCUGGCACCUGUGAGAUAUUGCGAUGAUUUUAACAACAUAACCGAGACCUAUCCCUUCAAUCCUAAUGGUUCUCCACUAGGUAUUGGAGCCCUUUGCUCCCCUGAUGGGAGGCACCUUGCUAUGAUGCCGCAUCCGGAGCGUUGCUUCAUGAUGUGGCAAUACCCAUGGUAUCCCAAGGAAUGGCAGGUUGAGAAGAGUGGCCCCAGCCCUUGGCUGCGGAUGUUCCAGAAUGCUAGGGAAUGGUGUUCAUAG